CGGAUCCCGACAUAUGCUCUUUUCCCACUGACUUCUGGAAACAUUUCUUCUCAUUCACGGAUUGCACCCUGUCUGCGUUGAUUCAGUGUUCUGUCCUGCUUCGAGCUUUUGUCCAUCGUUGUUCUGUUUCCUUUCUCCAGAGCAUCCCACCAUGACCUGCUCCAUGUCUUUCUCUAUCUAUACCUGCUUUUCUCAAUAGCCAACUCUGGCAAAGUCACAGACACAUUGCGCGUAUAUCAACCCCAACUGCAGCUAGGCGAAGCAACAUUACAGUAGCAGCAUGUCGUCACGUUCCCCACAUUCUCGCGCCAGCUUAGCGUCUCACUUCAUCUCGUCUCGCAUGCUUCACACGUCCACGUUCACGCCCGCAUCGUUUCUGUCUCUCUUUCAGUUUCUCGCUCGCUCUCUCUAAGUCACGUUUCCACGUCCUGCCGGCAUUCCUCGUUCCCCGCUUUCGCUUCCGCCCGUCGUGAAGACCCCACAACCCCAAGCGCGCUCAGCAAGACCAUGUCCAUCUCCGUACGCCCCCGUCACCUGUUCGAUCAGAAACGCCGUCCUACGCCACUGCCCAGAUAUCGCUCGGAACAGCACUUUGAAGUCCAUCGCCAAUGUGAAAAUACCUAAACGUACUGCAAUGCACUAUUUGACUACUUCGCGACCUCGCCCUUGGAUGAUCCGGUGAGUAUGGAAGAUUCCCCUCCGCUGAUGCUUCAGUUGGACCAUUCGCCGUCCCGAAGACGUCGACUAUCCCGAGCAUGAUGCGAGCAUGAACACGAUGCACUAGCGGCACGGCAAGCCCACAACGCCAAUGACGGAUGUCCCGGCCAUUUUCUCUCCCCCACCUAGGUACUUUACCUUACGGAUAGUCGCCAGCCCGUCCCAGUCCACUCCGAUGCGCAGUAGUGAUCACCCGCCACCUCACUCGCCCUCCCGGCGUUCACCGUUUGAACAAGAUACGGACAGCGUUUGAGAUGAGGAGGUGUGAAAAGAAUGAAUGAGAGUGUAUGUGAAGAACAUUUGGCUCCUUGUAAUAAUUGUACUAACGGAUAUGUAGUAAUUCGAAGCAAGAUGAGCAUGGGGGUUUCAGCCUUUGUAUCUAGAGUCUAGACAGCAUGCGCCGACCUUUCGGAAUUCGACAAUGAUACAUCUUCCCCACCCAGACAACUACAUCGAAACGUCGACAUCGCCAAGCGACGAGUCGCCCUUUACAUACGAACGACAGACGACAUGAAAACACGACAUAAAAACAAUAUAUUGCAUGGGCAUAAAUGGUUGGGGACGAAGCACGAACGCUUGACGGACUCAUUGCUCAAAGCUUGAGCUUGGAGCCGCGGCGAUAAAGUGCCCUGGGCUUGAUGAGCGGAGGGAUACAUGAGCAGAUGGUUUGGAAAGAUGGAGCUUGUAGUGCUUGGGUCAUUCAGAGCCCGGAGCCAGCGUCUUUGCUUGAACCGAUAACAAGCCUUAUCUUAUCACAAUCAAAUCAACCCCGCCAUCUCCCUUAUCACAUCUUAGUCAUCAGUGACGGGUACGACUUUAUGCCCCUCGUACCCCUCUAAUGCCAAGUGAGCAAUCCAUCCGUGCCGUCCAGUGUCCCAAUUCCUGCCACGGAACCCCGCCCCGGGCGUUUGCUUUGCUUGACGUGAACUUUGUCCCCGAACAACACUCGCUGCAACCAAUCACUUUCUCCCUCGGCUGCCACCACCGUCCGCAACCAUCCAAUCGCACUUUUCCUGCGCUCCGUCUCUGGAUCCCACCUACGGACCAGGUCCGCCAUCUUAUAUCGGACCGCACUCGGCCAACCGCCCGUCGUUGCCAUGUCAUUUGUUACCGUCGCGGCGGCGACCCUGCCUAGUGUCCCCUUGGACUUCAAGGGAAACCGUGACAGGAUCUUGGAGUCCAUUCGCAUCGCCAAGGCUCAGGGUGCCACGCUCAGAACCGGACCAGAGUUGGAGAUUCCUGGCUAUGGCUGUCUUGACCAUCACCUUGAAGGUGAUACCUUCCUCCACAGCUGGGAAGUCCUUGCUGAGAUCAUCAGCGAUCCCAUCUGUAAAGAUAUGCUGAUUGAUCUUGGUAUGGGAUGCCGCCAUCGCAACGUCCGUUAUAACUGCCGCGUCCUCUGCACAUACAAGCACAUCUAUCUCAUCAGGCCAAAGCAAAGCCUGGCCAACGAUGGCCUUUACCGCGAAGCACGGCACUUCACGGCAUGGACGAAGCUCCGGGAGGUCGAGACCUACUACCUAGAAGCCGUGGCCGCUGCGGUCACCGGGCAAAAGACGGUCCCCAUCGGUGACUUGAUCCUCAGCACGCUCGACACUGCCGUGAGUUGUGAAACCUGCGAGGAAAUGUUCUCGCCCCUAAACCCAUCGACGUUUCUCGGCCUCAAUGGCGCCGAAAUCAUCCUCAACAGCAGUGCCAGUCAUGCCGAGCUGCGAAAGCUAAAGACACGACUCGAUCUGAUUUCGAAUUCGACGCGAAAACUUGGUGGCAUCUAUGUAUAUGCCAACGCGACCGGCGUCGACGGUGAGGCGCGCAUGCUGUUCGACGGAUCAAGCAUGGUGCUCGCCAAUGGCAAGGUCUUUGCACAAUCCUCUCAAUUCUCUUUGAAGCCGGUUGAAGUAAUCACUGCCACCAUUUCUGUGGAAGAGGUCAGAAGCUAUCGCUCUAGCAUCUCACGAAAUGUGCAGGCUGCUGCCCAGCCCGACUUCCCUAGAGUCGACUGCGAUCUGCGACUGACGAGGCCCGCCGACGAAGUGUAUCUAUCGGAUCACCUGCAAAUCGCAAAGGAGAUCGAGCUUAAGAUUCUCGACCCCAUGGAAGAAAUUGCCCUGGCUCAAGCGGUCUUCCUCUGGCAGUACCUCUGCCGCACAAAUUCCCCUGGCUACUUCCUCGCCUUGAGUGGAGGUCUGGACUCCUCGACGGUCGCGCUCUUCGUCUACAGCAUGGCUAAACUCGUGCUUCAGUCCAUUGAAGCCGGGGAGAUGUCGACGUUGGAUGAUUUGAGACGCAUCACUGGUGACAAGACGUUCAUGCCUGAGACACCACAGGAAGUUGUAUCGCGCCUGCUGCACUCGUGCUACAUGGGGACUGUCAAUUCAGGAGACGAUACUCGGACAAGAGCCCGCCGCCUCGCAGAGGUCCUCGGGGCUUACCACUCUGAUAUCUCAAUCGAUGAAGCGGUUCAAGCUCAUGAGGCUAUUAUCGAGAAGACGCUUAACUUUAAACCCCGUUAUGGUGUCGAAGGUGGCAGUCCCGCUGAAAAUCUUGCGCGCCAAAACAUUCAGGCGAGAAACCGCCUCGUUGUUCAGUACGAGCUGGCACAGCUAUCAACAACUGCAAGACAACUCCCAAGAGCCGGCGCAGCGCUUCUUGUCUUGGGAAGUGGCAAUGUCGACGAGAACCUGCGUGGCUACUACACCAAAUACGACGCAUCGUCCGCAGAUAUCGCGCCGCUAGGAAGUAUCUCCAAAACGGACGCCAAGAACUUCCAAGCUUGGGCCAGGGAUCAGUGGGACUUGCCCAUCAUGUCCGAAUUCCUCGAGGCUACGCCGUCGGCGGAGCUUCUUCCUCUCUCUGCCGGAGUCCAAGAUGACGAGGCAGAUACCGAGAUGGGCCUGGCCUACAGCGAACUCUCCGAAUUCGGUAUCUUGAGAAAAGUACACAAGCUCGGCCCGUGGUCGACAUAUCUCCGUCUCCUCGGAGACUGGAAAGAGAGGCCCGGCUACGGUCCCCGCGAGAUUGGCGAGCGCGUCAAGAGGUUCUUCCGCUUCUACUCGAUGAACCGCCACAAGGCCGUCAUCCUCACGCCCUCGCCGCAUCUCUCGGCGUACAACCCCGACGACAACCGCCACGACCUCCGUCCGUUCCUGUACGUCGUCAACUGGCCCUGGCAGUUUUCCAAGAUUGAUGCGCAUGUCGAGGAGCUUGAGAAGAAGAUUGCGGAUAGGGCGAGGCCGGCGGACGUCCAGUACGACGCGCUCGACUAGGAGACGAGACGCGAGUUGCUGGAUGAUGCUCAUAGACGGAUGGCGGGCUGAGAAAGUGAGGUUUGGUAGAUUACCGUGGAACAAUAAACUCCCAAGCAAGUUAACCAGAAGAAGAAAACAUCAAUUCUACAAGUUACUCACUCAAUCACGUUAGAGUUCGUGACACAGGCGGGUGCCUUAUCACUUUCCUUGGGGGUUCCAAGCUGUGAAGGCGAGGCUAGAUGUCUCGUCUGGAACUGAUGAGAGGCGAUGGAUUUAGCCCUGGUAUUUUGUGUCAUCUGCACCGUCG